AUGGCUAAUUUAAUUAUGUAUAAGUUGAGUCCAUUGCGUUUAGCUUCGGCAUCGUUUCUUCAAGCAUAUCGCACAACAACGUCUAAACACUUUAAUCCCAAGUUCAAAAAGGAAAGGGCUGCCAAAUACUUAAAAGUUGACUUACCAAAUCCAAAUGAAAGCUAUCAGGACAUGGCCCCGGAAAAAAUGAGACAAAAAAUGAAGGAAAGAGGGAUCCUGCCACCAAGGCCUUGGAUGGAACGCCCUAUUUACAUUUCAGCUACCGGUGGAGUCUUCGAGCCUUACGUGCCACCAGAGGGCGACGGCAAAGCUUCCCUAGUGUCCACCACCCGCGCCAAGCAGACCGUUCAGCUGCUGGAGAAGAAGUCCAAAUCGAUGAUGGCGGUGCGCAAGAUCAAAUCUUUCGAGGAGGACUUCAGCACGGGCGAAUUCUGCACGAAAGCGCAGGACAUCUACAUAAAGGCGCACGAAGCGCUCGCGGUCGACGACAAGAGCGCCCUCCGUCUGCACGUCACGGAGAAGGCGUACCCCGAGUUCAGGCACAACUCCCGAUUGAAGACGAUCAGGUGGAAGUUCAUCGAGUCGCUGGAGCCGCCGCGCGUGGUGCACGCCCGGUGCACCGACAUCGUCAGCAAGGAGAACAUCUUCGGUCAGGUGACGGUGCGGUUCCACAGCCGCCAGCAGCUGGCGGUGUACGACCGCUUCGGGAGGCUGCUCCACGGCAGCGAGAUCCUCGCCAAGGACGUGCUGGAGUACAUAGUGUUCGAGAAGCACCUGGCCAACAUGUACGGCACGUGGCGGAUCCACGCUAAGAUCAUCCCCGACUGGGCGCCCCCCAAGGACCCCUCGAUGCUCACCAGGGUGUUGCCGGAACCGGAACUGGAGGCGCUGCCCCCGCCGCAAGCCGAGGCAGCUGCCCCGGCGAUAGCCGAUAAA